GCACUUCCUCCUCAGGGGCCUCUAGAAAACCACAGGGCAGCCCGUCCCCCGGGAGCCGGCAGGAUGGCCGAGGGCAGGGCGGGCGGCGCUGCCGGCCUCUUCGCCAAGCAGGUGCAGAAGAAGUUCAGCAGGGCCCAGGAGAAGGUACUACAGAAGUUGGGGAAAACUGUGGAAACCAAAGAUGAACGGUUUGAACAAAGUGCUAACAACUUCUGCCAGCAACAGGCAGAAGGCCACAAGCUAUACAAGGACCUGAAGAACUUCCUCAGUGCAGUAAAAGUGAUGCAUGAAAGUUCAAAGAGAGUGUCAGAAACCCUCCAGGAGAUCUACAGCCCUGAGUGGGACGGUCAUGAAGAACUGAAGGCCAUUAUAGGGAGUAAUGAUCUCCUUUGGGAAGACUAUGAAGAGAAACUGGCUGACCAGGCUGUGAGAACCAUGGAAAACUAUAUAGCCCAGUUUAGUGAGAUUAAGGAGAGAAUCGCCAAGCGUGGCCGGAAACUCGUGGACUAUGACAGUGCCCGACACCACCUAGAGGCGGUGCAGAAUGCCAAGAAGAAAGAUGAAGCCAAGAUUACCAAGGCAGAGGAAGAGUUCAGCAAAGCCCAGAUUGUGUUUGAAGAUCUGAAUCAGGAACUACUGGAGGAGCUGCCUAUUCUUUACAACAGUCGUAUUGGCUGUUAUGUGACCAUCUUCCAAAACUUUUCCAAUUUGAGGGAUGUUUUCUACAGGGAGAUGAGCAAGCUGAACCACAAUCUUUAUGAAGUGAUGAGCAAACUGGAGAAGCAACAUUCCAACAAAGUCUUUGUGGUGAAGGGACUAUCAAGCAGCAGCAGGCGCUCUUUAGUCAUCUCUUCCCCAGUUCGAACAUCUGCUGUCUCCAGCCCUCUCACCUCACCUACCAGUCCCUCCACACUCUCUUUGAAGAGUGAUAGGGAAUCCAAUUCAGCAACUGAAGGAGAGUUGGCACCUGAUCCAGCUCAGGGAGAAGAGAACUCUGAGAUCAAAAAAGAGGAAGAAAUAGAGAGGGAAGAGGCCGAAACAAGCUCCUCUGAGGAAGAAGAACCUCUACCAGUCUGCAAUGGCCCAACUGAAGCCCAGCCCUCUCCCACCCUUGAGGAUGGCGAGUCCCAGGAGGAAGUUUUCUCUUGCUCCCCGGCUCCAUCACCAGGCAGUAGUACUCUGAUCCCCUCAGAGCAGCCUUCAUCAUCUCUCCCAGAAGUAGUCCUCCGAACCCGCACCCCAAGUGAAGGAUCUGAACCAACAAAGAAGAGAGCCUCUAUCCCAAGGACCUCAGUGCCCCCUAGUAGGCCUCCUCCGCCCAGAGCUACUCCCAGCCCUAGGCCCUCCUCAGGGAACAUACCCUCCAGCCUUGUAGCCUCUGAAGGGGGUUCACCCACAAGCCCCAGGGCCUUCUCGGAGGCUGAAUCUUCCAGUCCUAGGGCCUCCUUAGAGGCCUCUCCUGAUCCAGAGCCACCAGAGAAGCCAGUAAGAACUCCUGAGGACAAAGAAAAGGAAAGCAUCCAUAAUGUGAACCCAGAAGAACUUUAUACUUCCCCUACUGUGAUGAUUUGUGAGAGCCAAGGCCCUCAGCUUCAAGUCUCUGCUGUUCCAGGAGAGAGUAGCCUCAUAGCAUCAGAGCCACAAGAAGAGGUAUCUUCAAGUGAAAAUGAACAAUUCUGAAGAGAAAAUGCCAAGAUGCGCCACCCCACCCCACCCCAUGCCGCCUUCCCAGACAAGCUCCUUAACCAGGCCUUUGAGGGUAGAGGGUAGCCAGAGGUUGAAAGUCAGAGGGACAUUGGAUCCAGCAUUUAUUUCUAGGAUCUCAGACCAAAAGAAUGUUGCUGGUACUCACUAAAGACCCAGCAUUACUGGAGGCUGGGGAACAGCCUUAUGGUGGGGGGUGGGCAGCAGCUUGGGAGAAGAGAAUGUUAAGACUCAAAGAAUAUUUAAUUCAUGUUUUUAGAAAUGUUAGAGUAAUAAGACUUUUAUAUAGAUAUUAAAAUUGGGGUUAUAAUGACUAUAAAAACUAGAAGCAUCUGUAGACACAGACACUUGUUCACACAGAGACACAUUCAGAGGAUGGUGAAAAAAUCUGUCUUUGAUUUACCAACUCUUUUUGCAAGACUUAAAAGCCAAAGGAAAAGAUUUUCAGAUUGCUAAAUAAAGUAUGAUUCUCAUUA